CCCCCCGGGAGAGCAUAAAUAUCCAGGCUGCAGGCAGCACCCAAGGCUUUGCCUCUGCAUCAGCUCCAGGCUCAUGUCCUCCUGCCCCAAGAUCUCUGCGAUGGAGCCGCACUUUCUCCUGGACCACGACGCGCUGCGGCAGGCUUGGGAUUCCGCAGACCGGGCUCCAGAGCUCCAUCCUCCCUGGUCCCGGAACUCCCCAGACCCGCUACCUCCUGUCCUCGUGCCGCUGGCAGAGUCCUCAAGCCACCACAGUGAUGACCACCAGCCACUGCUUUCCAGUCCUUGUUGGCAGCUGCCCUCGGUCCUCCUGCGAUACCGAGCACUCUUAGCUGAGGCCCAGAGCCCCUCGGAAGAGAGCCCAGUGCAGCCUGGUGCAGGCCUCUUGCCAGGAUUCGUGCCGAUCCCAGGAGUACCCGCAGGAGCGCCUGAGCCCACAGAGCACACGUUGGGGCAGCUUCCGGUGGCCCUGCGGCCCAACGGCCGUGCUGGAGAGGGACCAGUGGACACGGAGGCCUGGGACCACUUGCAGACUUCAGUGUGCAGCCCAGCUCCGGGCCCCACCGGGUGGCGCCUGCACCUGCUUGGCUCGGGCUGCCUGCAGUGCAUCCUUCGUGCUCUCUCCUCUUUGAGCCGCUGGGCUGCUGACUGCUGGGCGACAGUCCUGGACACUUAGGAGCCCGAGGCGGUGGCGGGAGGGCGCCGACUGUGGACAUGAGUCCUGAAUCAAAUGGUAGUCUCUUUUAUUAUUAAAUAUUUUGUCCAGACCACGGAGUUCUGCUUAAUUUAUAUAAGUACUCAGUCUUUUUAGGGCCAAUAAAAGAUGAGAUCUCAGUGAUGCUAUCCGGAGGCUGAAAAUGCACCUCACGUAAUACACAGACAAACAGGGAUCAGGUCCUCCCUGCGGCUCACGAUCAGCCCAAUGGUCUCCCAGCCGGGCUCCUUGCCCUUGCUCGAACCAUGGGAUCUGAUCGCCUCGGAUGUACUUGGAGAAGUCGCUCUUCUGGCUGAGCAGUGGGCCGUCGGUGAACUUGCCUGUGUCGAGCAGGGCGCGCACUUCCUCGCUGAUCUGCCGCUCCGGCUCCGCGCACAGGAAUUCGUCCAC